AAAGCCGUCACUUCCGAGGCUCUCGCCGUCCGUCUUCCGCCGUUCAGAUCUUUCCGCGCCCGGCCGGCGACAGCGUUCCUCUCACACGUGCCGCCGCGCGUCGUUCAUCCCACGUGGAGGCUGGCAUGUGGGCCCUGCAUACGUCCGGCGGCCCCGGUGACGUUUUCUAAUCUCGCCCUGCGUCUUCGUCUUCCCCCAGAUAAAGCCAAACCCAGCGAGGCGCCGAGAGGCCACCAACUCCUCGUGGACUCCAAAACUAAACCCUCCCCCACCUCUCUCUCAUCGGAGCCUCGGAGCUCUGCUGCGAGUUGGGUUCCCGUGAGCCCGUGACCAGCCCACCGCGCGACGUGCCACGACUCCGGCGGCGAUGGCGUCCAUCUCCGGCGCGGCGGCGCCGCCCUCCUCCUCCGCGUGCCGGCUCCGGCUCCGGAGGCAGCUCCUCAUGCGCCCCUCCCACCUCCGCCUCCGCGCCCCCCAUUCCAUCGCGGACCUCUCUCGCUCCUCCUCCUCCUCAUCCUCCAACUCGUCCCAAUCCUCCCACGCCCCCGCCCCGCCGCUCGCCACCAAGUCGCGGGGCCAGGUCGGCCACGGCGGCGCCGCGGUCGAGAAGGAUCCGAUCAAGCUGUGGGAGCGGUACGUGGAGUGGCUGUACCAGCACAAGGAGCUAGGCCUGUUCGUCGAUGUCAGCCGGAUGGGGUUCACGGACGAGUUCCUCGAGCGGAUGGAGCCGCUGAUGCAGCGGGCAUUCGUGGCCAUGGGGGAGCUCGAGAAGGGCGCCAUCGCCAACCCCGACGAGGGGCGCAUGGUGGGCCACUACUGGCUCCGCGACCCCGGCCUCGCCCCCAAUUCAUUCCUCCGCACCAAGAUCGAGAAGACCCUCGACCACAUCCUCGCUUUCUCCCACGACAUCGUCUCUGGCAAGAUUAAACCUCCGUCGUCUCAGGCCGGACGUUUUACUCAAAUACUCUCUAUAGGAAUUGGAGGAUCAUCUUUGGGGCCUCAAUUUGUUUCGGAGGCACUUGCACCUGAUAACCCCCCAUUGAAGAUAAGAUUUAUUGACAACACUGAUCCUGCUGGAAUCGAUCAUCAAAUUGCUCAACUAGGGCAAGAACUUGAAUCUACUCUUGUAAUUGUAAUUUCUAAGAGUGGUGGUACACCUGAAACCCGAAAUGGUCUCCUAGAAGUACAAAAGGCCUUCCGAGAUGCUGGACUGGAAUUCUCGAAACAGGGUGUUGCGAUUACUCAAGAAAAUUCAUUAUUGGAUAACACUGCCAGAAUAGAGGGAUGGUUAGAUCGAUUUCCUAUGUUUGACUGGGUUGGUGGUAGAACAUCAGAAUUGUCAGCUGUUGGUUUACUUCCAGCUGCAUUACAGGGUAUCGAUGUCAAGGAAAUGCUAGUUGGUGCAGCACUAAUGGAUGAGGAAACCAGGAACACCGUGGUUAAGGAAAAUCCAGCAGCCUUACUUGCAUUGUGUUGGUAUUGGGGUUCAGAAGGAAUAGGCAGUAAGGAUAUGGUUGUACUUCCUUACAAGGAUAGUCUGCUACUUUUGAGUAGAUAUUUGCAACAACUUGUCAUGGAAUCUCUUGGGAAAGAAUUUGACCUUGACGGCAACCGGGUUAAUCAAGGUCUAACUGUAUAUGGUAAUAAAGGAAGCACAGACCAACAUGCAUACAUUCAACAGCUGAGAGAAGGGGUGCACAACUUCUUUGUCACUUUUAUUGAGGUUUUGCGCGAUAGGCCUCCCGGUCAUGAUUGGGAGCUCGAACCUGGAGUUACAUGUGGUGACUACUUAUUUGGGAUGUUGCAGGGUACACGUUCUGCUCUUUAUGCUAAUGACCGUGAAUCCAUCUCCGUUACUGUGCAAGAAGUAACUCCUAGAGCUGUUGGAGCACUGGUUGCUCUUUAUGAACGUGCUGUUGGGAUUUACGCUUCUUUAGUAAACAUCAAUGCCUAUCAUCAGCCUGGUGUUGAGGCUGGAAAAAAGGCAGCAGGAGAGGUAUUGGCACUUCAGAAAAGGGUGCUGACUGUUCUGAAUGAGGCCAGCUGCAAAGACCCUGCUGAACCAUUGACCCUGGAAGAAAUAGCAGAUCGAUGCCACUGCCCUGAGGAUAUCGAGAUGAUAUACAAAAUUAUUCAGCACAUGGCAGCCAACGAUAGAGCGCUUAUAGCAGAAGGCAGCUGCGGUUCUCCUCGAAGCGUCAAGGUUUAUCUUGGAGAAUGCAAUGUAGACGACAUAUGAUUGCCACCAAGAUUUUUGGGGUUUGGAUCUGUGUAGAAUUGGGUGGACACCUGGAAUAAAAAGGAACAAUAGCAAAGGCUGGGGCAUGCAUAUUCCAAAUGUGCCGCUAGUUUGCUUCUGAUGGCAUCAUUGCCACUAUCUUGUGUUUUAGGGUACAGGAUUUUCUGUUUCAAUUGCCACCAAAUUACAAACAAGGGAGGAUACCCGGCAUACAUUACUUCCUUCAAAGUUUUUUUUGCCAUCGAUACACUCUGUUUAAUCUCAAUUCUGAUAUACACAUGCCAGCUCAGAGUUUGCAUUCAA